UAAGCUGGCCAAGAUGAUACCGAAACAAGCCAAGAUCCUGGUCUUCUGCCUCUCCUUGGGCCUCUCGCUGGCGGUGAAGCUGCAGAUUCCCUUCAGGCCAGACGCCCACAUCCAGGAGUUGCAGGCGCAGAGCAGGGAGCUGGCCGAAGUCCACUCGGAUCACUCCACGCAGUGCUUCCUGAUCUACAAGCCCAAAUUGGCCAAAAUAGCGGAUCAGUUCGAAACUAACUUUGCGGCUUGCAUCUCAACCUAUGACAAUUCCACUGCCCUAAUCAGCGAAAAGUAUGCCGAAGACCGCGCGAUCCUCAUCAGGUCCGCCAACAUCGGCUGCUCGUAUCCCAACUCCAAUUGCCAGGUCUGGACAGCUGAGCAGCAGCAGCUGGACGCCGUGGUCUCCCGCCUCGAAUGCGCCUCCUCCAACUCGGCCGAGAGCUCCAAGACCUUCUACAGCAUUUCGGCCAAUGCCACGCAGAUUGCAGUUCGGAUCCAGGAGGAAUACACCCUCAUAGAAAGCCAGAAGACAGUUUGCCUCAACAAUGCAGAUCGCACCUACGUGGAGGACACCUCCGAGACCUACGAGCUUUUGAACAACUGCCUCAAGAAUGGAAUUCCAACCACCACGUGUUCUCCUGUCACUUCCACUUCUACUGCUGCUCCUACUACUACUACUGCUGCUACUACUACUACUACUACUACAACCCCAGCAAAACCCUAAAAGAAAUUCUUUCAAUAAAU